AUGGAUGAUCACAAUAUUGAUGCGAUUUUUCAGCAGAAGCAAGCAUCAGAGCAACGAAGUCAGGCAGAAAUAUCUGCCGAAGAGGCAAUUUCAUCGAUUGCACAUGAAUUAACAAAAGAUACAGGCGCUCACGAGCAGUUGGCCUUCCAAAGUCAGAAGCAUGAUCAUGACCAUUCAAUGGACCAUGAACAAGAACCAAAGAGACAAAAAACUGACGACCCGACCAAAACUAAGCUGCUAAGUCUGCCAUCAAAUGAUAGCAAUACAUCCAACAUCAUCGGUAAUGCAUCUCAAGAAAGCAUCAGAAACAUAAAUUCUGGACACGGUGAGAAGAACGAUCAGAGUGAUGCAGAUUUGAUCCAUCAGGCGCAUGACCAGUUGCAACGAUUGCAACAGCAGCAGCAACAACAACUCCAUCGUGGAGGCUCUGAGGGACCUGAACACGAAAAGAACACAAGCGUGGCGGAAUCAUCUUCCCACUCGACAAGAAAAACACCCAACCAAGCGCAAGAUCCACUACAGGAUGAACAACCAACAAAUCGCUCUUCCUUAUCUGCCAUCCCAUCAGACUCAGAGCUUUUCAACACAAACGCGGCUCAUGUCGCUUAUUCCUCAUUGUCAUCACAAUAUCAGCACCUGAGUGUAGACUCCAGGCAUGCCGUAUUUACCCUGGCAAACUUAUCGGUGCUACCUUUGCCAAUCGUGGGGGCUGAUUUUCUACCCCCUAGGAUUCAACUAUUGAUCAACACCUUACCAACGUUGGAUAACUUAUCAACACAGUUGUUACGUAUUGUUGCAAAGUCUUCCUACAAAAGAAUCAUCGAUAUCGCUUCGAAUCCUGAAACCCCUGAAGGUGCAACUUAUCGUGACUUGACCUCCUUGUUUGAAUUCACCAAGAGGCUAUACUCUGAGGAAGAUCCGUUUCUAACUGUCGAUCAUGUUGCACCGGGAAUGUGGCACAUUGGUGAGGAAACACCUCGUGUUUUCAAAAACAAGGAGCAAAGUAUUGAAUCGACACUUAGAAAAGUGAAUUUAGCCACAUUUCUAGCAGCGGCUUUGGGUACCAUGGAAGUUGGAUUCUUUUAUUUAAAUGAAUCGUUUUUGGAUAUAUUUUGUCCUGCUCACGACUUGGACAUCAAGUAUCACUUGAGUGACACAAGUUAUUUAGAUACUGCAAACUCUUUGGCCACUAGUAUACAAACUGGUGUAGGUUCUUCAGUGGGAGCCAAAAUAGGUAGGCUAUUAAAACCACAAGCAAUGUUGUACCUUGAUUUGAAAACGCAAGCAUAUAUAUCAGCAAUUGAGGCCGGGGAGCGUUCCAGGGAGGAAAUUUUAGAGGACAUUUUGCCUGAUAAUAUGGAUCAGAUCUUAUUGGCCAGGAGAAAUGUGGAUUUGUUGUUACCUUCGGAAGUUGAUUUUGUUGAUAGGUGUAAAUCAAGGAAAGCAUUGUUACUCAACUACGAUGAGGAGCAAACACAAGUUCCCUUGAGUGAGGAAUUCAAAUGGUUCACUUUUUUGAGAGAUCUUUUUGAUUACGUUUCAAAGAACAUGGGUUAUUUAAUUUGGGGCAAAAGUGGAAAGCCUGUUCGUGAAAAGAAGGACUACCCACCAAUAAGUCCGGAAAUGUAUGAUCAAAUUAAUGCCAGGAUGAAUUACCGUCCUUCGAGAAAUAAUGAUGACGACAGUGAUUCCGCAGACACUGCCAAGCUCUUACCUUCAGAGAUUAGAGAACAGCAAAUACAUGUAAAUGGGCAUAAGCCUAGUCAGAGAAGACCAUGGACGCGAGACGAAGAGAAAGCUUUUAGACACGCCCUUGAAUUAAACGGACCACAUUGGUCAAAAAUUCUUGAGUUAUUUGGGAAAGGCGGUAAGAUCAAUGAAGCUUUGAAGAAUAGAAAUCAAGUCCAACUCAAAGAUAAAGCCCGAAAUUGGAAAGUGUUCUAUUUGAAAAACGGAAUGGAAUUGCCGCUGUAUUUGAAGACUGUUACGGGUAAUUUGGAGGAUAGAGUCAAGAGGAGUAUAUCGCGACAAGAAAAAACAGCUGCGGCGCCUGUUCCUAAUGUUCAAAAUCAAAAAAAGAGACAGCAACAAGAGCAAGCUAAGGAGCAGGAGCAACGAAAUCAACGCGAUGAAGACACUAACAUUGAUAGCAGCUUUAAGUGA